CUUGCCUCCUCCUUCCUCCGCAGCAUGCCCACGUGCUACUUUUGCCAAGCGCCGUUCGCAAGGUGUAGAUGCGGUCAAUGCCGUCAAGUCUACUUCUGCAACCGAGAAUGCCAGAUCGGCGCAUGGCCGAGCCACCGCCCCGAGUGCCACCCGGCGCCGGCGCCCAGCCAGGCGCCCGACAGGAUAACAACGCCGGAGCCGACGGCGUCGCCGGCGAUGGUGCCUGUGACGCCGACGCCUGGUAUAAACAACCAAGCUGACGAGACCGCACUGAUAGCGCAGUCGGGCCCGGCGACGCCAGAGACGCCGAAAAAGAAGAAAAAGAAGGCCAAGAAGGCCAAGAAGCACGCGCCGGGCGAGACGCCGCCCGCGACGCCGCAGGCCGCGCCGAUGGCGACGCCAAUGACACCGCCGCUCCAUUCACUCUCGGCGCCGAUGACGCCGCCACGCCUCCCGACGAACGCGCCGGCGUCGCCGCCCCACAAGCCGACGCCGCCCAAGGCCAAGGCCAAGAAGAACAAAAAGAAGAGCCGCAGCCACAGCUGGAGCGACGAUGCGUUUCCAUCGCCGCCCAAGACGAAGCUCAAGUCGCAGUCGAUGGGCGGCAAGAUGGUGACGUGGGGCUACGUCCAAGCGCGCGAGUUCCUCCGCUGCCCGGGUGGCGGAAGUGCCGUCCCCAGCGAAGGGGCGUGGGCGCUCGGUCUCGGCAAGCACGUCGGCGACAUCUCGCUCGGAUCCGUCGACACGGUCGCGUCGGCGACGGAGAAGGCCAAGUCCAACUUUGAGCGCGUCGCCCGCCUCACGGAACGCGAGCGGAAGAAGGUGCUCAUGACCGCCGAGGACGAGUGGCAGGCGGCGAACACCCCGCACGACACUGCGCCCGCCAAGUCGACGACCAACGCGCGCCAGCGCCGGCUCUCGAUCUCGAACGACGACUGCGAUGCGCACGUCUUUGCCACCUUGUCCCACGAGCAAGCGACCGAGUUUGCGCUCAUUCGCACGUCGCGCGAAGAGCACUGCGGGUGCUCGUGCGGCGACCUCGUCAAGAAGGUCUCCAAGAUGCACAUCAAGAAGCUCGUCGCGUGGCUGCACGAGCGGGACGUGGACACGGCGCACAUGAGCAAGCCGGAGCUCAUGAUGCGGGCCAAGACGCUGGCCGCCGAAGAAAAGAACUGCACGACCGAAGAUUGCGAGUGCGCUCGGAACGGUGUGCCGUGCCACCAAGACACGUGCUCGGGCUGCCGCGGCAACUGCGACAACCAUCGCUACACGUACAAUAAGGACCACGUCCACGCCUACCGCCAAGAGCUCAUUGCCCAGUGGACGUCCUCGAACCAGCUCGAUGUCUAAGCCAACUCAUUUAACCCAAUACACCUUGCUUGUAUUCCGAA